UCCCAGGGUUCAAUGAGCGCUGUGUGGCCCCACCCCGUCUCUCUUCAGCGCUGUCUAUCUCCUCAGUGUAAGCUACUAUUCUCGGAGAGAGAGAAAGCGAGAGAGAGAGAGAAAGGGAGAAAAUAAUAACCUCCAAGAAUUGGUUAUUCCUGUCUUUCACCUUCCACGACCAGCGGCCAGGAGGGGAGCGGCCUUCGCGGUGGGAAUGUGCUGCUACAACAACCCCGUGUCCUAUUUUUUGUGAAUGUAAAUGCACAUGUAGUCUCAAGCCUGUAGCCUAUUUACCCACCUCGGAUUCAAGAGGAAUAUAUAUCUGUAUCUAUAUCUGUAUGUUUGCAUGAGAGCGUGUAUGUGUGUACACACACAUAGGCCGUAUGUAGGCUAUAAAAACUGAGCCUGACAGCGGGGGUUGCUUUUUCACCUGCAAGAAACGUGGAUACAUUUCGAGGGAUUUUCACAUCUUGGUCACGUUUUCUUUUCCUUCCCCCCCCUCCCCCUUUUUUAUGAUUUUUUUUUUUCUUGAAGGGGAAUCAUCGGAGUCGAGCCGGGAAUUUAAAAAAAGGUCUAUCGGUGCGCAGUUUUUGGAGGCUCAGUGGUGAUGUGAGGAGCUGAUAACACAUUUCAGCAACAAAAGAGAGGGGCAGAGAGAGAGAGAGAGAGCGAGAGAGAGAAGGCCUUUUGGAGGAGAAAACACAGCAAGGAACAGCCAUCACAAAUAAGGAGGACAAAUCGGGGGAUAUUGGAUCGUUUCGGAGUUGGAGGUGGUGGGGGAUCCAGUCGAAAAGACGACCGCAGUGAGUUUGGAGCUGUUUAGGGCUGAUUUGAUGCAGAGAAUGAAAAGGAGCCGGAUGGCGACGGAAGCAGUGAGAAUAUCACACAUGUAGCUCGUUUGGGUGUAAAUAUUAUUUCCCUUCCUCCUGUCCUGCAGGCCCCCCCGACGAAGACAGCCGUCGGGGAGACAGAGAAAUAGAUAGAGAGCAUAAGUAUAUAGCUAUGGAAGUGUUUGUCGUGAAAGGAGACGUGGAAACGAGCCGCGCCACAGCACGGGCGAGCUUUUCGGACACGCCGAGUUCGGCUUCUUGUCACGGGCAACAGUGAGACGCAAGACCCGGGCUUUUGGAGAUGCAAAUUAGGCUGUUUAUUCUGCCUCCGUUUGAGGUGAAACUCCGAUUUUUGGUGUCUUAACAGACAUUGUGGAUUGCAGUUGUUAUCGUUACACGGUCGACGGGGGGAGAGAGUGGGGCAAACUUAACAAAAACUAUACUGCAUGUGAAGGAAGAAAAAGCCCGAGCAGGAUCCAGCAAACUGAGAAGGCGGCCUCGGUGUCGUCAGCAACAGUAUCCUGCCCUUUCUCUGACAGCAAAAUACGCGUUAUGGACACAUAAUUUCUACAGUGCUGCACCACGGACCGUAUUUUGGAGCAGGCCAGGGACGUUAAACGGUGUAAAUGUGGGUGACAUUGCUGCCAAAUCCACGGGUCAAACGAGGGAUCUAGACUAGUUUAGUUUAUUUAUUUAUUUUUCUUUCUACAUACCCCCCCCUCCCCACCUCCACUUCUUCUUGUUCUUCCUCCACCUCCUCCUCCUCCUCCCCUGGACCCCCUUUUUUCUUUUUUCUUGCGGGAAGAUGGGUUGUUUGGGCAACAGUAAGACCGAAGACCAGAGAAAUGAGGAGAAGGCACAAAGAGAAGCAAACAAAAAGAUAGAGAAGCAGCUCCAAAAAGACAAACAGAUAUACAGAGCAACACACAGACUACUACUUUUAGGAGCUGGAGAGUCAGGAAAGAGCACCAUAGUGAAACAGAUGAGGAUCCUUCAUGUCAACGGCUUCAAUGCAGAAGAGAAGAAGCAGAAAAUUCAGGACAUCAAGAAUAAUAUUAAAGAGGCUAUUGAGACCAUAGUAACAGCUAUGAGCAACCUGACACCACCAGUGCAGCUGGCGUGCCCAGAGAACCAGUACCGGAUCGAAUACAUCCUCAACCUUGUCAGCCAGAAGGACUUUGAGUUUCCAUCUGAGUUUUACGACCAUGCGAAGACACUGUGGCAGGACGAGGGGGUCAGGGCGUGCUAUGAGAGAUCCAAUGAGUACCAGCUAAUCGACUGUGCACAAUACUUUCUAGACAAGAUUGACAUUGUGAAACAGAGUGACUACACUCCAACAGAUCAGGAUUUGCUGCGGUGCAGAGUACUGACUUCAGGGAUCUUUGAGACAAGAUUCCAAGUGGACAAAGUUAAUUUCCAUAUGUUUGACGUUGGGGGUCAAAGAGAUGAACGCAGGAAAUGGAUUCAGUGCUUUAACGAUGUAACGGCCAUCAUCUUCGUGGUGGCCAGUAGCAGUUACAACAUGGUGAUAAGAGAGGACAAUCAGACAAACCGAUUACAGGAGGCGCUCAAUCUCUUCAAGAACAUCUGGAAUAACAGGUGGCUGCGGACCAUUUCUGUCAUCUUGUUCCUAAAUAAACAGGACCUGUUAGCGGAGAAGGUGCUGGCAGGGAAGUCCAAAAUCGAGGAAUAUUUUCCUGAAUUUGCUCGCUACACCACCCCUGAUGAUGCAACACCAGAGCCUGGAGAAGAUCCACGUGUUACAAGGGCAAAGUACUUCAUAAGAGAUGAAUUCCUGAGGAUCAGCACAGCGAGUGGGGACGGGAGGCACUACUGUUACCCACACUUCACCUGCGCCGUCGACACAGAAAACAUCCGCCGUGUCUUCAACGACUGUCGAGACAUCAUCCAGCGGAUGCACCUGCGGCAGUACGAGCUUUUGUGAUGGGAGAGGAAAGGGGUUCGGCCAAAAAACACGGAAACAGAUCAGACUAUGAGAAACCCUGAGUCUUUGAACUCCCCUCUUCCACAGAAGUGUGUGAGCUCUUGUGAAGGAACGGGGGCCAAAAUACACACACAUACACACACUCACACACACAUAAACACAAACACACACUUACAGUAAACACACCCUGAACCCAGAACUUCCCCAGAUGCAAACUCCCUACCUGCAGUAGACAGAGCUAUUUUGAUGGAAGGGGUUUGAGGGGCUAACAUAUAAACAAACUCUGAUCUCCACCUUCAGCCAUACUCCCAGCUCCUCACCUCUCAACAUCAUGUAUCAUCCCUGUUACGUCACCUUUCCGAAAACCCUGACUAGCCCAGUCUGGACUGUAUUUCCUGCACUGAUGAGGGUUUGAACUGCAGUUGAGAUUGUAAGAUUUCCCUCUUGUUCAGGUUGGGAUGAAAAUUGAGAGAGCUACUACUUCAGUGCAACUGGGAAAGAGAUAACUGUUGAAUUACUGCAAAUAGAGAAUACACAUCACCACAGAUCAGCUGAACACUGUAUGUAACAAAAAAAAAAAAAAACACAAGCACUGUGCUCAGGACUUGACUCAAACCGUGUACACCAAUCCUUCCCAUCACCUACACACAUCCAUAAAUCCAACCACAGGAUCUGCUUGCACACAGAAACGUAUCACAUCUGCUUUUUAUUGGACUGCACAACCGCGGUGGACCUGGAAAUGUACCCAUCUGCCGACGAGUGGUGGGCUCAUCAGCAUGGCUGGCGUUUUCCCUCUGGCGCAGUGCUUUGAGAUUAAACAGACUGAGUGACCCACUGCGCAGCCAAGCCCCCCCCCCAAGGAGCAGUUGUGAUCAGUCAGGCUGCAGGGGGCGCGAGGGUUGACAAAAACAGAACAGAGCCGACUCCAAUGUGAAUUUCUCUGAUGGAGUCUGGACACGUUUGACAGGAACGAUGACGGUCCCUUGACUUCUCCACAGAAUUGUUUUGCCACCUGACUCUGCCUUGUCAGUGGUGGAGUGAAACUUGAGGCGGAUAUAUUGAGUUUAAAACAAAAAAAGAAACAAAAAGAUUGCCAUCUUUUAUGGAACUUAACAAACGGAGGGCAAAAAGCAUCCUUCUACAGUACAGUACCAUAUAAGUUAAAGAGAACUCAUCUUGUCAUGAUUGACCCUGUUUUACUGUCUCCACAGCUGUUUUUGUCUGUGUAGACUUUUGUGCCAUUGUGCCCUGUGCGCUCUCUUUCUUUAUCUUUAUGCUUUCUGUCUCUGUCAUUCUCUCAUUUUCUGACCCCAUGCUCUUUCUCCUCUGAGGAUUUUACUAUUUCUCUGUGUUCACAUAUCCCCCUCCCACUCUCUCUCUCUCUCUCUCUCUCUUCAAACCCCCCAACCACCUUCCCAUCUGCACUUUCACUUCUCUGGCAGUGCUCUUUUUGUUUUAAGAGAAAAUAAAAAUAUAAUAAUCCUGGAAUAUAAAUAACAAGAAGACGACGACAACAAACGGGACACUAAUGUUUUUGUUUUUGUUUUUUUACUCAUAUGGUCAAACGACCUGCCCGCACCUCCCUGCCAUUCCUCCCUCUGUCAUUCCUCCAUCUUUUCCUCCUUCCUCCCUGACCUCUUGCUCCUUUGUAUGUCUGUCUUUACUUUACUGCUGAACUAUUAUUCUUGUACAGACUGUAAAAUGUAUUAUUUUGUACAACUUUAUUGAAAAAAAUAACUUUUAGAAGAUCCCUGUGCCUUGAUCACGACUGUACGUGUGUAAUGAGCUAAAGUGGGUGUCAUACUGCGCUGUAUAGCUUGGCCAAUCCCCUCCUAACUCCCUGCCUCCCUCAGCCACUUCCUUCUCUCUCUUUCUUUACCCCCACCCUCCAUCUGUCUCUCUCUAUCUCUCUUUCUCUCUCUUCUCUCUCUCUCUCUCUCUCCUCUGUCCUCUCUCGCUCUCUCUUCUUGGGGACGGAGGACAACCAUUCGUAGCUUUUGUAGUUUUAUUUCUCUGCCCUUAUCCUCCCAUUCUCUUUAUGAUUUAAAUGUCUAUUUUUGGAUCCAUAUACCCCAAAAAGAUAAAUAUAUGAAAUGUAUAUGGGUUUUAAAAAAAGUAUUUUAUUAGAAUCAAAUGAACCUUGACAAAUUGUACACUUGAUAGUGUGCGUAUUGCUAUAACUUAAAUCCUUUCAACUGAA